ACUUCGCUUGGUAACUAAGACGUUUGUUUGUUUUUCGAAAACAAAAAAAAGUUAAAAUGGCAAACUAUAGUUUUUAGCAAAAAUGUUUAGUUUAUAAUUUUUAUCAGAAAAUGUUUUUUUUUCUGCCGUUACUUUUUUCGUUUUAAAACAUAAAUGCAUAAAUAAUGCAUAAGCUUGAUUUACCUCUUGAUCCUAAGGAAGCCGCAUCCAUCGAACGAAGAAGAAAUAAAGAAAUUCAGCGACAAAGCCGAAUCUUCAAUGCUCGAGAAAGAACUAUAGGAGUUGAUCUCCAAGCUUUAGAAGAGCAAGUGAAAGAGAAAAGAAUAUUAAAUGCGCAAGAAAAAAGAAAGCAUGAUGCCUUUGCCAACGAAAUGCUCAGAAAUGAAAAGCUUUGUCUGCUGUUACAAAAGCGUCAAGAAAAUGAUAUUAGAGAAAUAAAUAAAUCCAUAAAUGAAUUUCGAAAGACUUUUCAGUCUCCUGAAAAUAGGCGAGAGUUUGAUAUUUAUGAUCCAAAUAGUAAAAAAAAAGACAAACCGGCUCGAGUAUCAGAUGAUGAUUCUCGAUGUGGUGUUUCCAGCAUGCAGAAAUUUACAGGCGAAGAUUUAGAUGAGAAAUCAAGAAAAAAGUUUCAGCAAGAACAAAAUCGAGAGUGGAUCAAUCAACAAGUAAUAAAAAAGAAAGAAGAUGUUGAGAGUCUUCAGCAAACACUCCAUCUUCUUGAUCUCAAAGCAAUUGAAAACGAUCAGCGUUCAACUGACCUGUCUAUAGCAGAACAAGAAUCAAGAAAAGCAAUCAACUUAGCUGUUAAAAAUUAUAAUUUAGCUCUUGCUGAGGCGCAAAAACAUAGGAACGAAUGUCUUAAAAAAAAUGAGCUUGAAAAUAACUUAAACGAAAUAAAAAGCCAGGUUUUUGGUGAUUUUUUAACUGAAAACCCUGACGUUUCAAAAAGUGCAUACGGUUCUCAUCGUGUUAUUACUGAUCGCUGGAAAGGAAUGAGUCCAAAUGAAAUUAGUAUAAUUAAAAUGGAACAAGAAAAGCAAUUGGAGGAGAAGUUGCAAUUGAUGAAGCAGAGUGCUCAAGAAGAAGACGAAUGGAAUCAACAAAUUUUAAAAAGGGCAAAAGCAGCUAUGAUUAUGGAGCAAAUGCAAGAAAGAAAAAAAAAAGACUUUUAUAAAAAGCUUGCUGAAGAAAACUGUCAAUUGGCAGCCUCUCAAAAGUCGAGACUGAAGUACAUGAAUGAGGUGGUUUAUACAAAUCAACCAACUCCUGAUUUUUUCGCUCAAUUUAACACAAGCAGCCGUUGAAAUAAAAUAUUUAUUUUGUACUAUAUAUUGAUUAUUAGAUAAUUUUGAUAUUA